AUGGUGAGAGGUCCAUGUUGCAUUGGAAAGGAAGUAAAGAAGGGUCCAUGGAGCGAAGAAGAGGAUCAGAAACUCAUCGACUACAUAAAUAAGAACGGCCAUGGUAAUUGGCAGAAGCUACCAAAGCAAGCAGGUUUAUUGAGAUGUGGAAAGAGUUGCAGACUUCGUUGGGCCAACUAUUUGCGACCUGAUAUAAAGCGGGGAAGUUUCUCUUCUGAAGAAGACCAAAUAAUACAGUUCCACCAUGCAAGGCUCGGAAACAAGUGGUCCGAAAUUGCAAAGCAAUUGCCAGGGCGAACCGACAAUGACAUUAAGAACCACUGGAACACCCAUCUGAAGAAAGGGCUCAAAGACACCACUGGAACAUUUGCAGCUCCAUUAUCUUCAUACUUUUCCCUGCUCGAGAUUGAAGCAAGAAUAGGCAGAAAUUUGAUGAACCUUUAUGCCAGUGGAAGUAUUCACUUGGAUCUUAACCUACCAAGUUCUGCAUAUCAAUCUAUUGGGAUGGAUGAAUUCUUCCCAUGCUCAACCAACAUCAGCACUGAAACGCUUGAUCGGAAUAGCAAUUUUAGCUUUCUGCCAACAGAAGGUAAUUCUGAGGGUUCUUUCUUUCCUUGGGUAUCAAGUACAUACAAUCGACCUGGCCAAUCACAAUCGCCAUCAGUUUCACAAGAGCUCUGCCUCAAUUUUACAGAAUUUACAGAUAGAUCAGAUGAAAUGGUUGAAUCUCUACAAUUUGGAGAUUUCAUUAAUACAGAAGAUGAAGAAGGGAGCUGUGCUCGUGCUAGAGUUUGGACCUUUGCUAUGGAUGGGGAGGAUUUAGAUGACGAUAAGGAUGACCCUUCUCGCUUUGGCACCUUGGCUGGUAGCACCAUCAUCCUGCUUCUAGCAGAUGUGGAUCUGGCCACCUUGCUUUGGUCUAGAUCUAUUUCUUUGGACGUUCCACAUCCCUGGCUCCUUGCUAGGGUUGGUGUUUGGGUUGGUCCUCUUGAGUGUAUGGUGGUUUAG